GCUAGGGUUUUGAUGGGGAAGGCGGAGGAGGCGGCGGCAAAGCGGAGGAACAAGGCCGCCAGGAAGCGCUUGCGAAGCGCCGGCGGCGCUGGAUUCCACACUGCCGUGAUUGCCGCCAAGCGCAGGAGGAAAGCUGGGAAGCGGCGAGUUUGCGAGGGAAUGUGCUACAGCCUCCCAACUCCUGAGGAUCCAUUCAAUAACCGGUGUCUAGGAAAACGCAAGAAGAGGCGAUAUGACGAUGAAACGAUGGAGGGUUUGGCUGAAGAAGACAGUGACCUUGACGAAGGUCAAGAUGGCAGUCAAGUUUUAACCGACGAAGAUGAUAGUUCCGAGGACGACGAAAUCUCCGAAGCCAGAGAAUCUGCUUCCUUGGACGAAGAUGAUAGCUCCGAAGAAGAAGAAGAAGAUAGCUCUGGUGGGGAAGACGAUACGAGAGCUUACGACAGACGGCUCCUGUCCCGGAUAGCAGGUUCGUCAAAUGGUGCUCGUAUACUGUCCGGAGUGAUUGCUAGCGUUGAUAGGCAAUUGUCUCGCUUUGAGACUAGCCUCUGGGAGGCUUGCCGAGGAGGUCUGGACGUCAUUGGAACCGUCCAGGAGUCGACCAUUGCAGCCAUCGCUUACAUUCCUGCAGUGGUGGACUACAUUGUCAAGCAACCCUCCAAGACAAGGCUCUGUGGAAAGCCUAUCGCUCUCUUUCUCGUGCCGUCUCAAGAGGAAGCGCUAUACGUAAGAAACUUGUGCAAGCCUUUGAAAAAGCUUCUGGGGCUUCAGACCAUAAGCAUCCACCCGGGUGCGAGUCUAGAGCACCAAGUGAAAGGGCUGGAGUCCUCUGCGUGUCAAGUUCUUGUAGCUACACCAGAGAGGCUUUGUCACUUGGUAUCGAGAAAGGCACUAAACCUCUUGGAUGUUUCGUUUCUGGUUGUGGAUGGCUUGGACGAGUUGAUCCGGAAAGGUUUCAAGGAAAACCUUCAGACAAUUAAGCUACAUACGAGCCACACAAUGCAAGUUGUAAUACUGAGCAGAAGUUUCAGUGGGGAAGCAAUUCAAGUAACCAGAUCUUACGUAGAAGAUCCAGUGGCUAGAGUUGUGGAAGGCGAGUCCUUGAAGGAGCAGGGAGCAUGCAUCACCCAAGCCGUUAGUAUAAUCGUUGACGACACCAAAAAACUGCCAAAGGUCGUGAGUAUCCUCCAGCAACUUCGGGAAGACGAUGAUAAACUACCUCGGACACUAGUGGUAGCAAGAAAGCUGGAAGAUGUGGUAGUGCUAGCAGGCGCCUUGAAGCGUGAGGGAUUCGACAGGGCAGUGGCUUUCACCAGUGAUUCAAAGAACGAUCAGAACACAAGCUCAUUCGAACUAAUGGUUUCCACCGAAAGCAUAGUUGAUUCUAUCGACUUGAGCUGUUUCCAGAACGUUGUGAAUUACGAGUGCCCGGUUUCGAUCGCCAGGUACUCGAGCAUCUUGUCUUCCAUGGCCCGAUCAUCCGUCCAUGGAAGCUUGCAUACUUUGUGUGGGUGCUCGGCUGCUCCAAUAGCACGCGAAUUGGUGAACGUUCUUAAAGAUUGCCACCAGGUGGUUCCAAGUGCCUUAGAUAUGCUAGCCAGUGCGGCUGCGGUGGUCAUCAGGAAAAAGCCAUAGAAAUUUUUUUAUCUUUCUUUUUUGUUAGAUUGAAAAAAGUAAAAUGCUAGCAAAAUAGAUUUGAUCAUAAACUUUUAAGGGUUAA